GAGUAACACUAACCACUGACUGACAGUGUGAUCGCCUCUUGUUUCUUAUCAUAACCUCCUUCAAACCAGGUGCUGCAGACGGUAUCUAUUAGCAUACCAGUCAUGCCCAAAGCGGCCAGUUCAAAAUCUCCGAGCAUCACUGCUCCUAAUAACUCACGUCCCGUGAAAAUCAACGGAGGCUUAAGCUUGAGCCAACAGCAUGUUUUAAAGAGGAACCAAGCUUGUCAUCAGUGUAGGAGACGCAAGUUGGUAAGUGAUGCGAAACGACCUUGUUCGACAUGUGUUCGUUCACACUCUCAUGCUGCUGCACACGCCCCCGCAGGACUUGAAUUACCACCUCACCCAGAUUGUACUUAUGACGAAGCUCCCGACACAAAUGCGUCAAGUACGGAGAUCCCUAAGAAUAAGUAUGAGAAAUUAGAGAGCCGUAUCUUGGAAUUGGAAUCUCUCUUAAAACAAAAGGGCGGGGACAUAAUAUCACGUGAACAGAGCACCAGCGAUAGUCCCAGCGACUCAUUGCAAUCCCACAGCACAAAUGAUUUUGGGUUGCUUGACCCGCUCACUGCCUUCAGUUCAGUGCAAGCACUGACGUCUCCGGACGAUAUCUUGGAUCCCAGCAUAUUUCAGUCCGACUCGUUGAUGCAAGAUUUAGCAUUAACAAUCCCUCCAAUACUUCCCCAACAAGCUUCUCGUCUGUUCCAUGUACCAACAUUUAUGACGGCUCUGUCAUUACCACCUGAUCAUCCUAAAUUCCCGAUUUCUCCCGUACUCCAUGCCAUCUGUGCUGUCAGUGGUAUUUAUACGGCAGCUGUUACCUCACCCCAAUUUACCAAGUCCUUUCACCCAGAGCAGCAUGCACGAUACGCCAAGAGAUAUGCUGACGAAUACAUGGUCAUGGGCCACAAUCUUAUGCAAUGCCUACAAGCUCGAAAUUUGACUGAUCUUUUUACCGGGUCCGGGCACUCUAUGCGGACUGCAGUACCCUUGGGAUUAAAUGUCUGCCCUCCAUUCCAAUCCAUAUCGAAAACUUUGCGGUCAUUAUCAAUAGUACCACCUGCUCGCGAUGUCGUGGAAGAUGAGAUGAGGCGGAAUACGUUCUGGUUAGCUUACGCUAUAGAUCGUCAACAUGGAUCCGGGACAGGUUGGGCUCUUAGUCUUGACGAUCAAGAUAUUUCUCAGCUACUUCCAGUUCGGGGAGAUAACUUUGAAACAGGAGCGCUCAUAGCCCCAGAAGACCGACAGUGGUCACACGACAAAGAAAUGCUAAUUCUUCAUCCUCCAGACCAAACCGACUCCUUCGUUCUGUACAUCAAGAGCACAAUGUUGUUAUCGCGUGUCAAGAAUUUUAACCACAGAUUUCGAUCCAGGCAUCAUUGUGGUGAUAUUGCUGCAACUCCUACGCAUGGUUAUUCGAGAGAUUCCAUGUUCAAUAACCUUGAUGCCCGUACCGCACCUGGGUUCAUGGAGCUUGACGAACUCAUUGCCGUGUUUAAAGCAUCGAUUCCAUCUCAUUUAAAAGACCCUUUCAUGAAUGGCGGCGUGGACUCACUGCUAUACACAACGUCUCUUGUUCCCCAUGUUUCUAUGAUUCUUCUCCACGACCCACAUGCUGAGGUCGAACAUGCCGGUUGUACUUCUGCCUUAAAAAUUCUAAUAGCCGCCCGGGGAAUUCUCGACCUCCUUUAUGGUGCAUGGUCAACGAACUACGAUAUGGGUCUUUUGGAUUACUUUUGUCCGUUUUGUUGGUUCCUCGCUGGCCGUGUGUUGGCGCGUUUUUACAAGGCAGCACUGGAUGCCAAGAGUGCAGAGCAAUCUGGAAACCUUCAAACAGAGCUUGAAUUUGUAUUAAUUGCACUAAACAGAAUGGGCGAACGAGUUCCACUUGCUUAUAGAUACUUCAAGAUGCUGAGUGAUCUUUAUUGCUCCACGAAGCUAUGAAGGGCCGGCUUUCUUACAACAGAUUUGUAUUAGUGUGGAUUUCAUCUUGUUUUUCUCAUGUAGAGUAUUUAUGGCUACAGCGCUAUCUUUUAACACAGACCCAAUUCAUUGUAUUUCCUCCUUA